CAGUCAUGGAGCCGUGGCGGCGUCUCCGUAGGAAACUCCCCAAAUCUGGCCAUCCAAAUCGCGCUCUUCUCAGCCAUGGCGGAGACCGCGACCGCGACCGCUCCUCGGCCUCGCCGCCUCCUCCCGUCCGUAGCUACGACCAGCCGCCUCCGCCGCGACCACCCGCGCCAUGUAGCUUCCUCAUCGCCGCUCUGCUCGCCUGGAGCUUCUGGUCGCCGACGGCGGCCGUCCUCAGGCACGGCGCCUAGCUAGACCGACCGCGAGCGCAUCAGUCAAGCGCCUCUUGGAUGCAUCGGCGCCCGCGGUCGACUCCGCCAUGCCCGCCCUGCUGCCAUGUGAGUUCCUCCGCCGUGUUUCCUUAUCAACAUCUGAAACCAUUUUAACCCGUCGAAAAAAGUUGUGUUUUUUACUUCUUCUAAAAUUUUGUUCUAUUUUAGUAGACGGCAGCCGGCCUGCCAUAACAUGGUCUGGAAAUAGAGUAUUGUUGGUCGACUGAAUUCAGCUUCUAUACAACCAUGGUCUCAUGUCAAUUAUAGUACUGUACGAUAGUGUGGUGUCUCCAGAUGCAGGCACAUGUUUGAGACUGUAUUUAUGCACCUCAUCUGAAUUAUCCUUCAAAAUGUGUGCAUCCAGCACGUACCCUCACAUGCGACUCCUCGCUGAGUCGCUGUUACCAGUGUUCUUAAUUUCUUGCUUCUUUGGCUACUUGCUGAGAGUGGACAUGUGUCUAGUUGGCAUCCCUUGUUGGCUAGCUCCUGUAACAUGGAAAUAGAUAGCAUAUUCAUUCACCAGCAGACUGCUACUACUGCUACUACUCAGUUGAUCUGGACGCACUAGCAAGCAGUGUCGUACUCUUCAGUGCAGGUGUUCGCUUCCUUCAGAGUUGGGAGUGCUUGCGUUGCAGGAUCAAGCUCACAACAAUGGCUGGAGGGCCGUUGAGCUUCUGGAAUGACUGGGCGUCCCAGAUCGGGGUUCUCUUGAGCCUCUUCUUCCAGGUCAUGCUCCAUAUCUUUGCCAACAUCCGUCGGCAUAAAGACGCCUCAAAUUGGCUGAGGUUCCCCCUCUGGGUGGCGUACCAGCUGUCCGACUCCACUGCGACAUACGCCGCCGGCCAGCUCCUCUUCAGCGGCGCAACAAAAGACCACCACCUCAUCGCCUUCUGGGUGCCGUUCCUCCUACUGCACCUCGGCGGCCCGGAUAACAUCACCGCCUACGCCCUCGAGGAUAGCAAGCUCUGGGGGCGCCACUUGCUAAGCCUUCUGGUCCAGGUCCUUGGUGCUGGAUAUGUCCUAUACAAGCAUAUUGUCGGCAGCGGGACCUUCCUCAUGGUGGCUGCCAUCUUGAUAUCUGUUGUCGGUGCUGCAAAGUAUGGGGAGAGGACCUGGGCGCUCCGGUCCGCCAAGUUCAGCAGCCUCCGGAGCUCUCUCAAGGUACGGUCACAUGACAUACAUCACCAGCAAUUUUACACUGAGUAUCAAGACUGGUACAACGAUGACGAACUAGUCCUGCAGCAUGCUCACUCCCUGUUUCAUAUCUGCAAGCGUGGGAUAGUUGAUUGCGUGAUUGCGGUGGAUGACUCAGAUAGCCAGAAUGAGGUGGAUUCUCUGGAUAGCAAAAUAAUCCAGGGCUUUUCGAAAGACCGUCAACACAUGUGGAGGGUGAUGGAGAUGGAGCUCUCCCUCAUGUAUGAUAUCCUGUACACAAAGGCAGGCGCAGUCCACACUUGGGUUGGCUACUGCAUCCGUGUCAUCUCGCCGCCCGCCAUUGCCACCUCUCUCGUGUUGUUCCAGUUGAGCAGCAAAGAUGAUUACAGCCUAGUUGAUGUUGCCAUCACGUACACCUUGUUGGGUGGCGCCUUGUUCCUGGAGACGAAAUCGCUCCUUGUCGCACUAGGGUCAAGCUGGGUCUUUGCCUUCUUGUGUACCACACAAUGGGAUUGGCUCCGGCAUUCUGCUCUGUGUGCUGGAAGAUGGCAUCGGCUUCGGCACACACUUUUUUCUCUUCGCCGGUCUUGGCCUGGCAAGAUGAUCAUGACAGUAAGCUCGAGGAGGUGGUCAGGCACCAUGGGGCAGCGCAACAUGCUGCGGUCUUGUGCCAGACAGGUGGAUCCGAUGAGUCAAUGCCUAGGCAAUCUGUCCAAGAUGCUGAGCCUUGGUGAGUGGUGGGACAGGAGGCAGUUGUGGACCAUUGAUGUCCCUGAGAAGGUCAAGAAGUAUCCAUGGAGUAAUGUCACAUCAAUUGAUAUGAACACAAUGGGCUUGCUCAGGACUGGAUGGGGCAAAAUGGCACUGGAUGAAGAGCACUACCCUGGGCUGUUGAAGGAGUUGAAUGUCUUUCAUGGAGUUGACUUCCAUGAGAGCGUCAUCAGCUGGCACAUCGCCACCGACUUGAUCCUUGCUGCAACGGAGGGCCAUCACGUGUCUGAUGAUGAUGUGGAGCUAGUCAGCGUACUGUCCAACUACAUGAUGUUCCUCCUCGUGGACUACCCCGGCAUGCUACCAGGCCUUCCCCAAAACUGGUUGUACGAGCAAACCUGCAAACAACUGGAGAAGAUAAGCAGUAAGCAUGUUGCUGGUUCUCGUGGCAACAACAUCUGCACUGUGCUGAAGAACUUGUUCCGACCACACCAUCACCGUGGCUGGAAACCUUCUGAGCUUGAGAAGGAGAUCGCCAUUGACAUACUGAAAGAGCUGGAAGACCCCAACUUCAAUAAUCCUAGGCUCAGUUAUGCACGCACUAUUGCGAAUACACUGCUUCGUAGAAAGGAAAAUAAGGUUGAGAUGCUGCAAAGGCUGUGGUUGGACUUCCUGUUCUACGCAGCCAACCGGUGCAACAGGGAGGAGCAUGCGAGGAAGCUUGGCAGCGGUGGUGAGUUGCUGACCGUCGUGUGGCUUUAUCAAGAACACCUCCACCAAGUAAAACAGGACAGGAAAAAGAGGCAGAGCCCUGUGUAAUACACUGUACUAAUACUGAAUGUCCGGAAAUAUCCUCACUUUCUGUACUUUGUAAGCAUAUCAUUCUUCAGUUCAGCACCCUUUGUUCUUGCUCAGCUUGUGGUUUCCUAUGAUGAAUAUGGCGGAGCAUAGUAUGCCCAUUCACAUGCUAGCUAGCCUAGCAAUGUUCCGGUGAAGAAAUUGUGCUGUACAGGGCUUUCGUUGCAAUGAUGAUCUGCGCCCAAAAUUAUGAACAAGUUCAAAAAUAGAUGCAGGUCCGGAGGUCUUAGCUGUGGGUAGUGCAGUAUUUGCGAUUUAUUGGCAGCAGCAGAAAGUCACUCCCAGUUGGUGUUCUGUGAAGUAGCAGGUUCUGGCGGAGUUCCUCUAGUGACGGAGAGCUUAAGGUGCAGGCAAUGCGAAGGAGUUCAGCGCUGGUAUCGGCUACAGUGCACACUUUUUCUCUUGGCUGGUCCUGGACUGGCAAGAUGACGGUGACAGGAAGCUCGAGGAGGCGCUGAGGCACCAUGGGGAAGCACAUCGUGCUCUUUGUUGCCAUGUCAGUGUAAUGAGCACCCACAUAAUCUCUCACACCAUCUAUUCCACUCUGGCAUAGCUGAUGCAGGCCAAGAAACAGGGAGUGCCGACAGUAGUACUUGUAUCUGCAGUUUCAGUCACUGCUUGCUAUUUUCAGUAGCUAGAUAAGUUCAGUUCAGUUGAUUCAGUCACUGCUUA